AUGGAUGUGAAUCGACUAUUGAAUGAUGAGCUGACUUAUGAGUUACAGCUGAGAGGACAAUUAAUACCCAGCACAGUAAUGCUAAAGAGGAGUUUAUUACGACAGGUAUUGAAAUUGAAUUUGCCUCUACAGCCGACAGGAAUGAACCCGACACUGGACAUGGAGUCAUGUCAGAACAAACUCACCGACUUGCUGGAAGCCAUUAAACACUUUGACACUGGGAACACCACAAAUGAAUAUACUCGGAUUUCAACAAGAUUAAUACACAUUCAGAGAAGACUGAAUUUUAUUAUCACUAAAAAUGAAACCGAGUCACAGAUGAUAGAACACUUAAAGGAGACUGCAGCUCGGGCCUUGAGUUCAUUGGAGGCAACGUUGACUGCUGACAGACAGCAACCAUCAACCCGACCGGAUGGAUCGCUUUUGGAGGCAGAGAUUCCACAGUCGCCUGAGAUGUCUCCCAUUCAACCAACCAAGGUUGCGCAACUGAAGACAUCACUGAUAGAUUUGGAAGAUGAUGAACACCCAAUGCCAACUGCCCAGGUCUCCCAUACUGCAACACCUGCAAAUAAGUCAAGAUUAGUUCAAGUUUUGAAUGAAACAAGACAGGAAUGUGAGAAGUUAUUACAGAAUUUACCAACGAUGCCUAUUCCUCAACCACAACAGCCGAAUAUGAAUCAACCAGAGGCACCAACUCAUAGUCGAUGGACCAGCUCUAUGAGAAAGGUGUCAUUUCCCGAUUUGAAUGAACCCAUGAUGAAUCUGAACCAGCUGAUGACACCGACUGCUGCCCAACAAGAAUCUGAACCACGACCGAUGCCAACCUCGACUAUACCCAUCCAUAAAUGGAAUAUUUACUUUGAUGGGACUGAUAGUGUGAUUGGAUUUAUAGAAGAGAUAGAAAGACUUGCUGAAUCCCGAAAGACAUCCUUAGAACAUGUGUUCGAAUCGAUUUACGAACUUCUGCGAAAGGAUGCCAAAGAUUGGUUCAUCCCCCGGAGGGGACUCUUCAGAAACUGGGACGACUUCAAGACUCAAUUAAAAGAGGCAUUCUUACCAGUCAACUAUGAAGAGAACCUACUGGAUGAAAUCAAGAAGAGGAUGCAAGGUCCUGAUGAGAAGUUACUACUGUAUGUCACCCGGAUGCAAAAUCUGUUCCAGAAGCUGACUUGCAAUCGUCCCACUGAGAGUGAACAGAUUCGACUGAUAAGACAGAGGUUAUUGCCAUCACUGCAACAGGCUUUGGCCUUUCAAGAGACCACCACGUAUGAUGAACUCCUGAAAAAGGGAAAAGUUUUUGAAAUGGUUCAAUGGCAGAUGGGACAUUAUACCAAACCACCGGUUAAACCCAGCCUCAUCGAUGAACCACAUCUAACAUAUCAUCAACGUCGUCAACAGGACUACCCGGCCAACCUCUCUGCAAUUUCGGAGAAUACUAGACAACGAAACCACAGUACUCGUCAGGAAGCUCCCGCUCCAUCUCCGAAGAAAGGCCCGUCAAGACCGCUAACCACCGCCAGAAGGAUAGAAGACUGGAAUUGCUCAGUAUCCCCUGGACCAGAUCGUCCCCAUCUGCCCUCGAGGCCACCGGAAUACUCGACCAACAGAACAGGAAAUGCCAACACCGCCCAGGAUCGGAAUGGAUCACCACCGGAGCGAAGAGUGUCCUCCCAGACACAAUGCUUCAGAUGCGGGGGAUAUGGCCACCUACGUCGAGACUGCCGAGGGACACCGAAAAUGUUUUGCUCCCGAUGUCAACGAGAAAAUAUCCUCUCACGAGACUGCCCAUGUCCUCAAAACCGGAGAGGAACGACACCGUCAACUUCAGCGGGACUCCUAACUACAGUAAUUCCUAUCGUUAGCAACGACAGCUGGCCUCUGGUAGAAGUGCACAUUGAGGGAAAGUUAUUCCAUGCAUUGAUAGACACUGGCGCGGCAAAGAGCUGCUGUAGUCAGAGGGUGGCCCAGCUGUGUGAAAGAAAUGGAAUCAAGGGAGAAAAAUCAACGACUGAAGCUGUCAUGGUAGCAAAUGGACAAACUACAGCCAUACCGAAGAUGUAUCACCUUGGAAUGGUGAUAGCCGAUUAUGCCCUGAAGAACAUAGAAUUCUUACUUGUACCCAACUUACCAGUCGACUUAAUCCUGGGAAUAGAGAUGCUGAAGACAUACAACUUCUCCCUGGAUAUCAAGAAUACAGAAUGUUAUCUAGAAGGACGACGGAUCCCCAGAGCUAAACAGGUUUGCCAAGAGGUCAUAGAGGUGCAGACUCCCGAAAAACACCUCCAGAAUCGAAGAGGAUCCCACAACAGACUUGCUGACAGCCUGUCAAGAAAUCCAUUGCCGACACUCAACUGUGUACAACUGAAAGAAACAGGUAUGCAAUGUAAGUGGUACAAAAAUAAGUUUCAGGAAGUAGAGAAAGGACCAGAGCACUGCCCCGAGUAUUCCAUCAUCAAUGGAAGAUUGCACCGACACUUUUGGGAUUCAUCAGACGUCAGGGAAGCUGGAACAGGCCAUCCCUGGAAGUUGUGUAUACCCACCGAACAGAGGACCAAAGUACUGAAAGAAAACCACGACUCUGCCUUGGCUGGACAUCUGGGAAUAGCUAAGAUGAUUGCGAAGAUCUCGCGGAAUUAUUACUGGCCAGGUAUGUUUAGGGACAUUGCGAAAUAUGUCCGGAACUGCACUUUGUGCCAAAAGUUCAAAGUACCCCAACAGCAACUGGCAGGAAAGAUGCAACCUCGAAAGAUGGUGGAUGCGCCGCUCAAGGAAGUACCGGUGUUGAGGAGAAGAACGGUGACAGAGGUGAGGAUGUCUAGAGCCCCCCAGAGCUCGGUGUCGUCCGUUAGAGGGAGAAAUUACCUAGCCGGAGUAGAGAGAGUGAUGAAGAGGACCACUACGCAGUCCACACAGACCCCCCCUUUGUGCCAGCUGCGUGCCAAUCAAACCACACCGGCCCCCAAGAGUGUUCGUACAGUCGGUACGACAGGAUCUAAGGUUUAUCUGGAGGUGAGAUCCAACACGUGCUGGAAGUGCGGCAAGACAUGCCCCUCGCGGCAGGAGUGUCGAGGUCCACCACUCCUAUUUUGCAGCAGAUGUGGUUUGAUAGGUACGCAGACCAGGUACUGCGAGUGCGUACCCAGGAAACUGGCCCCACGACCGCCAGCAACUAGGUCGGAACAACCAGCCAGACAUCCAUGUGCAAGAUGCACAGAAAGGGAGGCCAUGCAGCGGAAGAUGAGAUAGAACAAAAAGAAUGAUGGAAAAAAAUAGAAUUGCAAAGAAGAUACUGUUGUUUUUGUUCCAUAAUCCUGUAAAACUGUAUAAAACCAUAUAGGGCCUAACCCAAUAUCUGAUAACAUUAUAUUCAAGACUAGUAGACUGAUUUUUAAUCUGUAAAUGUUGAUGAAACUGAAUAGUACAUAAUAAGUCAGUGAAUAUUAUACAAUAAAAACAAUUCCAGUCACUUGCCCCGAAUUUCAAAGGCCAUCAGAUAUAAAUUAGUAGUUUCACUGUGUAAUCUAUUUGAAGAAUGCCAUUUCUAAUCUCUUACUGUUCUGAUAAAUUACUGAAAUAUUCCGCAGUGUUACAGAUGAAGUUUUCUAAGAGGCUAGAUACUCACCGAUGAGAAUGAAUGCUGGAGAUAGGCAACACACCUUUCAUCGGAUGAUCAGCUGUAGGCCCAAUUCCACCGAAGACAUGAUUCCUGAAGAUUUAUUCAUGUCAUCAUCCAAGAAAGAAGUACUUGAAGAAUUGGACAUCAUGACCUGUCAAUUAUUACUCUGGUGGAUAUUUGGAUCCUAUUUCAAUUUUCAUAUAGACAAUUUAAACUGUAUAACUGGAAGAAUUUUCACCGUUCUGAAAAUUUCACCAUACAGUCACUGAUUCUUUGUAAUAUCCACAGGUAAAUCAACCAGUAUAUUCCAUAUAUUCAAUGGGUUUGGAAUGGUUUCGACUCAUCUGACUGGGAACUUCGACGUCCCUCUGAAAUAAUAUGGCAUGAUUCAUCGAGAUAUGGAAAUAACAGAACUACUCACCGGAGAAUGGGAUAAUCCACACCUGACAUCAGAAUUUUUCACCGACACUUGGAAACUUCAUGGAAAUGGGAAUGAGUUCUACUCCACAACCCCGAGAUGAAGAAAUUCCCCAAACAUGUACACAUUCAAAUCACCCCGGAUGACCGAAGAAGGAAGACGGCGUUUGAAUUUUUCACCGACACUUGGAAACUUCAUGGAAAUGGGAAUGAGUUCUACUCCACAACCCCGAGAUGAAGAAAUUUCCAAACAUUCAAAUCACCCCGGAUGACAGAAGAAAGAAGACGACGUUUGAAUUGACAUCGAUUCAUAGAGCAAAGUUUUAUUUUUAUAUGUCAUACUGUCUACAACAACAUUAUAGUCUUUGAUAGCGUAACGUAACAGUCAGACCCGUACUUCCCAUAUAUCCCGCGUAAUAAGACAGGAUAGUAUUCGGUUAUUUUUUGUUUGUUUUUAGAAUUCAAAUUUCUGUUUCACCGUAACUUGAAUUUUUCCGAACCAGGGGGGAUGUAACGAAGUCUGAUUAUUCCCAUAGGAAUGAUCAGGCUCCGUCUAAA